AUGACUGAACGGGAAAGACCGAAGAAGAAGGCAAAGGUAGUGGAGACAUCUGUUCCCGAACAUGCUGCCGAAGAAGCAGAAAAGGAAUUGUUAAGUCACCCCAAAAAGGAUGCCGAGCACCCUCUUCAAGUCCACGAUAACGGAGAGUUCAGCGGUUUAGAACGUCAUAAGACAACCGCUAAAGAUGCUGAAAGAUUGGAAUCGGCAAGCUUAAAUCCAUUCACUGGGAAACAGUUUUCCAGCAAAUACUUUGGUAUUCUGAAAACGAGAAGAGAUCUACCGGUUCAUGCACAGAGAGACGAGUUCCUUAAGAUCUUUCAUGAAAGUCAGAUUAUGGUUUUUGUUGGUGAAACUGGUUCCGGUAAAACGACCCAGAUACCUCAAUUUGUGCUCUACGACGAGAUGCCUCAUCUUUUAGGAUCGCAGGUGGCUUGUACCCAGCCAAGAAGAGUCGCUGCUAUGUCCGUUGCAGCAAGAGUGGCAGAUGAGAUGGACGUAACUUUAGGGGAAGAAGUUGGUUACAGUAUUAGAUUUGAAAACAAAACAAGUAGCAAGACCAUUUUGAAGUAUAUGACUGAUGGUAUGUUGCUAAGAGAAGCUAUGGACGAUCACAAUUUAUCCAGAUAUUCGUGUAUUAUUCUUGAUGAAGCCCACGAACGUACUCUAGCUACUGACAUAUUGAUGGGCCUACUGAAACAAGUUGUGAAAAGACGUCCUGAUCUCAAGAUCAUUAUUAUGUCUGCUACCUUGGAUGCUGAAAAGUUCCAGAGUUACUUUAACGACGCCCCAUUAUUAGCUGUUCCAGGUAGAACGCAUCCUGUUGAGAUCUACUAUACACCUGAGUUUCAAAGGGAUUAUCUAGACUCUGCCAUUCGAACCGUUCUUCAGAUCCAUGCCACUGAAGACGAGGGUGAUGUGCUUUUGUUUCUGACCGGUGAAGAAGAAAUCGAAGACGCUGUACGGAAGAUUUCCCUUGAAGCUGAUGCACUGGUGCGAGAACAAAACUGUGGUCCAGUGGACGUAUAUCCGCUAUAUGGUUCCUUGCCCCCUCAUAUGCAACAGAAAAUCUUCAACAAAGCACCUGAAAGAUUUACUCCCAAUGGCCGUCCUGGUAGAAAAGUCAUCAUCUCCACCAACAUUGCUGAAACAUCGUUGACCAUUGACGGAAUUGUCUAUGUGGUUGACCCUGGAUUCUCAAAACAAAAAGUCUACAACCCCAGAAUAAGAGUUGAGUCCUUGCUGGUAUCUCCUAUCUCUAAGGCCUCUGCUCAGCAAAGGGCUGGUCGUGCUGGUCGUACUAGACCAGGAAAAUGUUUUAGAUUAUACACCGAGGAGGCAUUCCAGAAAGAACUAAUUGAACAGAGUUAUCCAGAAAUCCUGAGAAGCAACCUGGCUUCAACUGUGUUAGAGUUAAAAAAGCUAGGAAUUGAUGAUUUGGUUCACUUCGAUUUUAUGGACCCUCCAGCACCAGAAACCAUGAUGCGUGCUUUGGAAGAGCUGAACUAUCUGGCUUGUUUAGACGACGAUGGUUCGUUGACAGCUCUGGGAAGAUUAGCAUCACAAUUCCCUCUUGAUCCAAUGUUGGCAGUUAUGUUGAUUGGUUCUUCAGAGUUCAAUUGUUCGAACGAGAUUCUUACCAUUGUGGCUAUGUUGUCAGUUCCCUCGGUAUUUGUGCGUCCACCAAAUAACAAGAAGAAAGCCGAUGAAAUGAAGAGUUUGUUUGCCCACUCAGAUGGUGAUCAUCUAACUCUUUUGAACGUUUAUCAUGCCUUCCAGUCUGAGGAAGCCUACGAAAAGGGCCUGAACCCUUGGUGUAAAGAGCAUUUCCUCUCCUAUAGAUCCCUAAAGAGCGCCGAAAACGUUAGAAGGCAAUUAGAAAGGUUGAUGGAGAGGUAUGACUUGCACCUCGUAUCAACUGACUUUGAAGAUCCAAGAUACUACGAUAACAUCCGGAAAGCCCUUACGUCUGGAUUUUUCAUGCAAGUCGCAAAGAAAAGAUCUGGGGCCAAAGGCUACAUUACAGUGAAAGAUAACCAAGACGUUUUAAUCCACCCAAGUACCGUUCUUGCAAAGGAGAACGAGUGGGUAAUCUAUAAUGAAUUCGUCUUGACGACCAAGAACUACAUCCGAACAGUAACAUCAAUUAGACCUGAGUGGUUGAUAGAAUUGGCUCCCGUUUAUUACAAUCUAGAAAACUUUUCUAAGGGAGACGUCAAGAUGAGUCUUGAAAGAGUCAAACAGAGGGUGGAUAGGUCUAUUUAG